AUGCAUCCUGGAUCGCCGGUCUUAGAGCGACAGGCAUCUCCUCGUGGCAUGAUAAGACUGCGACUAGUCCCAUUACAUAUCUCGGCUACCCUGUUUGUUCGUCGCCGAUCUCAAGGUGGUCUAAAUCUGUUGGAUCCCGCUAAACAGAUCAAUGCUCUUCAGUGGCGAUGGUUACACCCUCUUUUGCAUCCGGCAAACCCCACUCCUCCUACCAAGACCUCGAUUCCUUACAUACGUGUCAUUCUCAACUUCUUUCUUGCUACUCCCUCUUAUCCUACCUACCACUGGUCCCUUCUUUCCCCUGCUUGCCGGCCAUCCCGUUCAACAGCUAUCACUGCCCCACUCUACAACCUCCUUCGAGCCGUCGAUGCUAUUGCCCGCAAGUUUGGUGUCUGCCAUGUUCCCUUUAGUACUUGUCUGCGCCUCCCGCUUGCAACCCUAAUCGAACAUAGCCUGCCAUCAUCUCAUAGCCUCUCGGCUACAUUCUGCCCCCCACAGGAAGUGACUCAACUCAAGCCCUCCAAGUUCGAAUCUCAACACGCGGCCUCCCUCAUCCUACAACCAGCCGUCGAGCCCUUCAACUCCUACAAUCUGAACAACUACUCUUCGCCAACUUCGUUCAUUUCAACCGGCUUCUUCUCGUCCCUCGUCCAGUCAUCCACCACAUCGACCUCUCUACCAUCACCAGCUAUACCGAAAGUAUCACCCAUAUCUCUACUCUUCUCAUUUCCUUAA